UACCAAGCUAAAAGAAAAUCUUUUUGAAUAAUUCUUUGUAACAAAGCUUGUCUCUAACAAGUUUCACACGUUUACCCUCAUCAUGGAGUCAGUGCAUAAUGGGAAUUAGAUGUCUUCUUCGCUCACUCAUAUCUGCUAUAAUGAUAGGAUUCCUAUUUUUGUUAACAAUAUCACCUAAAGAGAGCUCGGCCUUAGAUGUACAGAUAGACACUGAAAAAAGAACCUGGAGGAAUGCAAAUUUUUGGUGUCAACUUCUCGGAUCAAACGAGAGUGGAUUAUUUUUUGAGCUCUCAGAUACGUUUACAAAUCACGUACCUGAAGAUGGAAGAGAAUACUGGAUAGCUGCAAUUAAAAAGACAACAGCUCCAUUCAAAUUUGAUCGAUGCAUAUCAAUUACCAAUGAAAGGAAAACUUAUCUACAUAAAACCAAUCAACCAGUGUAUGACUGCUACAAUUUUUGUAAUGGGUCAAGAUUUGCUUUGUCAUCAAGGCAAUGUGUUUGUAUCGAUUUUCUGCAAACAAAAGUAACAAUUAGUAGAUGUUACAACACGUUGUUUAACAAUACACAAAUGGACUUCUAUAGUGAGAAAGCCUUUCUAGAACUCCAAACAGGCCAAUUCAGAAGUCAAGCUAACGGAACUGGAGACUGUGCGGCUGUUAUUUUGAUCCCUGGUAAGAGUGUAGGACUGCACGAAUUUCUUCCAUGCAGCACAAAACUACCUUGCGUAUAUAUAUAUUUUGACAAUGCGUUAACCUCAAAUUCUCAAUGAAGUGAAAAAAAAAAUUAUUUUUUCUCUGAAAACAGCAGAAACGCAAAACGUACAAUAAGCACGUG